AUACAUUUGAAGAUUGAAAAUGUCUGAUGAUUAAGAUAAACAAUAAGAAGAUGAUUGUAUGAAUUAAUAUUGUCAAAAUGAUUCACCAUAAGUUUGGCCAGCUAAAUUCAGCAAUUCAACUCUAUUAUUCUGUUAGGAAUGUUUAAAUUUAUAUAAUGAAAAAAGGUGCUGUUAUUUUUGUGCAUAAGUAUAAUUUUACAUUCAAAUAAUAAGGUAUACUCUGAUGAUAAUUAAAAUUUUUUGGAUGGGUAAAAAUGGAUUGGUUGUGAUUGUGAAGGUUGCGAAAAAUGGGUAUUAAAUUUAUUUAUAGUAGUUUAGACUCAUUUAUAAUGUGAAUAAAAAAAU